AUGGCCAAACCGGAGACUGCCUCCGCUGCACGCCCGCCUCGUCGGAGGACCACUUUCACUGUGGAGCAGCUCUAUUUGCUCGAAAUGUACUUUGCUCAAAGCCAGUAUGUUGGAUGUGAGGAGCGAGAAAGACUCGCAAGAAUGCUCAGUCUCGAUGAGUACCAGGUCAGUUCGAGAAUGAUCGUAUUCUUUAGGUAAGUAUACAUUUUUCAGGUGAAGAUUUGGUUUCAAAAUCGUCGAAUUCGGAUGCGCAGGGAAGCCAACAAAUGA